AUGGUGAUUGCUUUUAUAAUAAAAGGAAUAUUGGCACCAUUUAUUAUAUUGCUCUUGUAUUCAAAUUCAAAGGCUUUGCAAAAUUAGGAAUAGUACGUCAGAAACUUUUGGGAGAAUUUCUUUGGAGAGGUAUACUAAAUUCGAAAGCAGACAUUCAUCAAGAAUUCAGCAUUCAAGCCUGAAUAUAAUUAAUCUCGUUAUAAUGUUGCUGAAUCUCCCUUGUAUUGCAAAAAGAGUGAUUCAUACAAAAUGACUCAUCCAGAUAUAGUAUUGCAAGAUUACUAUGUAUGGAGAGACUACCCACCCUCAAAUUUACCAAAAAAGAUUACCUUAGAUAGAACAUUUGCAGUAUUAGAUAAGGUGAGUCCAACAAAGAUUGCCACCUACAAAUUUGAGAAUCAAAUGCCACUUUAACUUGGAUUUAUUUAUACAACUGUCUCAUCCUUGUACAACAACUAUGUUUGGGGUAAGGGAUUAGGUUGUGUAUUACAGAAGUAUAGUCAUAUUCCAGGAAAGAGUUCUGUGGCAAUGAAAAACUAAUUGAUUGACAAUUUCAUGAGAUAUGUUAGAGGUUUUGAAAAGAAGAACAUCACCAACCCAGAAUGUAAGAGGAAUGCUUCUUUCAUUCCUGAGACAUAUCGAUUAAAUGAUGAAGAUGAUUGCAAGGCAUUCUUUGAAACAUUCAAAACAGAUGAUUAUUAAAAGAGAUUCAAAAAGUAUGGGCCAUAAUACAUUCUGAAGACUAAUCAACAUAGAGGAGAGGGAAUUACAGUUUUAUUUGAGAAAGAGAAAAAUGAUUUAUUAGUAGAAUACAAUCAUGGAUAAGAGUGUGGAAAUAUUUCAAAGUAAGUAAUUGCUCAAAGAUAUAUAUCUAAUCCAUUCUUAUAUAAGGGACACAAGAUAGAAUUUAGAAUCUAUUAUACAAUUAUAUCAACUAAACCAGUAAUUGCAUAUUCAUAUUCAAGAGCUUUGAUUAAAAGAUGUGCAAAACCAUUUAGUGUCCAUUCAACUGAAAAAGGGGCUCAUGUUUGCAAUACAGCAAUUGUCAAAAACUUAGUGAAAGCUGACAAGGAUGAUGAGGAGAUUGAAGAUGAAGAAUUCUUCAUUGAUUGGUAUUUGGAAGGAUUAGAAGAACUAUUAAUCAAAUAAGGAAGAGCUAAGAAAGGAUGGCUAUAAUCAUAUCUAUAUCCCAAGAUCCAUAGAUCUUUGAUUCAUAUGACCAAAGCUACUUAUCAUUCAUUUGCCAGAGAUAGCACGUUUGGCGAGUUUUUUGCAGUUGAUUUUCUACUCGAUGAUAAUCUAGAUGUUUGGGUCUUAGAAGUCAAUUAUAACCCAUAAAUCCUAAGUGUUACUCCAGACAGAAUCAAGAGAAAUUAUAAAAUGUUAGAAGAUCAUUUCGAAUUUGCAAUAUGCUUAUAUCAAGAGCAAAUUGUAUCGAUUGUCCUAAUUUGGUAAAACGCUUAUGAAGAAUUAGAACAAAUCAAUUCUUAAUCAAUCUAAAUAAGUUGAGGAAUUGUUAAGAGAUAAAUUGGAAUCUCAGUUUGAACUUAGUAAAGGAAAUUUAUAUGUUAAAAUUAUGGACGAAGGAUUACCAGGUACUCAAGCAUAUACCAACCUUAUAUCCAAAGAGUGUCUUAAAUGACUUUAUCGUGUAUAUCAUAUUAAAAUUUAAUGAUAAUUUAUAAACAUGUAUACC